AUGGACGUCGUAAAGGACUUGGUGACUGGGCCGUUCCAGGAGGUCGUGGAGAAGGGGACCGUUGCGCUCGGGAACGCGGGCGACGACCGGGACAUGCUCUCCGAGAGCCAGAAGCUGGUCAAGGGCGCCGAGCGCAUCCUCAAGAUCAUUGAGCCGCUGUGCUUACGCCACUUGGAAGAGUCUGGUGUCAACUUUAUAGAUGCGCUCAAAGAUGAUAACGAGAUCGCGGAGUAUAGGUCACAGAUGACUGACAUGAUCUGGGACUUUGAAGACGUAAUCGAUGCAGAAACAUUCGAAAAGGAAAAGUACGUUGAGCUGCGGGAACUCUGCAAGAGGGCCGGCCUCCGGACCGGAGAGAUCUUGAAGAGGAUGAGGCUGGAGCCGGCGCCGCGGGAGCAGCCUCUCAUUCCCAUUAUCGCAACAUCGCCACCAGCUACCCACGAGACCCAAGAUCAAGGCCACACAAGUCUAACCAUAUCCCACGAGGGACAAAAUCACUUCCAGGUACAGCCACACGAAGAGCAACACGCACCGCCCGAGCCGGAGCCAAGAGUCAGAGAGGAGGUCAUCGAGCAGCAGCCGCCACCGCCUCCUCCGACGAAUCCGUGGAGUAUAGGACCAAGCCCCAUGAUCGAGACGGGACUGGAGGAGCCAAUGGGCGGGGUCAAUAUUGAGCGCCGUCGACCCAUUUCCGUGAGCUCUCCCAUCUCUGAGCCAGGCAGCCCCAAAACCGUGAGCAGACUCUCACACGGCUCCGAUCACCGGCUUGACCGGCUCGACAUCCCCAACGAUCGCGUCCUCUCGGAAGAAGAUCGGUAUCACCAGAUGAGCCCGCAGGACCUCACGCGGUCCCCGGUCUCAAUGACGGACAGGGGCCACCCUCUCGUUUCGCGCGGGCGAGCAUCGUCUACAACGCUAGGUAUUGUCACGGAAGACCAGACGCAGUCCCCGCGGAACGGCGGCCACUCCCCGCGGCCGCACCGGCACUCGCAAUCCAGCUCAAUGUACUCGCACGCCUCGCGGCAACGCUCCCAAGAAUCUCUCCACGAUUCCGUAUUCGACGGCGGCAGGAGGAACUCGGGCGCCAUCAGCCCCUCCAUGACGGAGCACCGCGCCUCCACGUCCUCGACCCACGACGGGGGCCGGCUCAGCCCCACGUCGAGGCCGCCCAUCAUUCCGCCCAACUUCCCACCCGGCGUCCACGAGGGCAUCGAGAGGGUGCCCCUGAUCACAAGCGACGGCGAGGGGCUGAUCCCCGUCGAGUCGGAGUCGUCGACUUCGCAGGGGAGGGAGCCGCCCUUUCAGGUCUCGUCUCGGCCAAAGGACUGUAAUAUCGGGUUGAGCAGCUCGUUUUAUCUGUACAAGGGGUUCUGCGAAGGUGCCAAGGAGGUUACCCGCGGGGGUCUUGGUGUUAAAAAGAUUAAGAAACCAGGAUUCUCUGGCGCCCACGAGGUCGCCAAGUGCUCGAGCUGCUCGUUCGAGCUCGACUUCAAACAGAUUGAAAACGACGUCAACAAAGCUGAGGAAGCAAACCACCACUCCAACAAAAUCUCCUACCGCCCCCGCUUCCUCCAAAAAUCUCACGUCGCCACGAAACGCGCAGACGAAUUCCUCUACGGCUGCGUCUUCUGCGUCCACGCCCAACACACCCUCGAAGAAUGCGACGCCACAGUCUUCUUCAGCCAAAAGAAGCUCUUUGAGCACCUCGCCCGGCACCCGCGACCGUUACCGCAAGUCCCCGGCAUCACAGUCGUAGAGACAUCAGAGACCACCGGCGGCGGGGAAGUCCCGCUCCACCUGCGCAACAACUACGACCUACACUUCCGCGCGCCGCCGCGCCCUUCGCGCAUCGAGGGCCGGCAGCUCGAGUUGGCGCAGCUGCCGACGGCGACGGCGACGCAGACUGUCAAGAGGAUGUAUGGGAUGCGGCUGUUGUAUGAUAACACGCCUGGGUUUGAGCUUGCCAAUGGCGCGCGGUUGACCGGGGUGGAGUUUCCGGCAAAGUAUAAUGGGGAGUGGGUGAUGGGGUGGCAUGAGGGGAAUUUUGGGUCGGCGCCGCUGGAUGUGUUGAAGUUGGAGGCGCCGCCCAAGGGGGAGAUUCGUGCGGAUACGGCGAGUAAUAUCUCUGCUGUGGCGAGGUGGAAGUUUGCGCCGAGGCCGAAGGAUGGCGGGGACUGGUUGAAAUUUGAUCAGGGGGAGAGGAUAACCAACAUCAGCUGGGCAUGGCAAGAUCACUGGUGCUGGUCCGGCACCAACGCAAAGGGCGUCUGGGGCAUCUUCCCGCAGACUUUCAUCGACAGCAAUUCGGUCCGCGAGGUUUCGGAUAGGUCGAGCAUCUCGAGCGGGGAGAGGAGGAAGUCGGGCACGGCUGGGUUCUUUGAGAGGUUCUCUUCUGGCAGGAAGGCGUCUAGGCAGUCGAGCGUUGGACAUGUUAUGGUUUCGUCUGGGCCGCGACCUUCGGUUGUGUGA